CGGUGAGUCAUCUGGCAGCGCCGCUUAAAGAGACGCACUUGUUGCGGCGCGCUCGUUCGUUCAGCGGUUCUUACGCUCAGGGAAAACAACAACGGCAACAACAACAUCAUGCAAUAAUAAACAGGACCUUUAUGUAAAUCUCCAGUCUGUUAGUUAAUCGACGUUUCAUCGCCUGUAGCUGCGUCUCCAGGACGAGUGUUUUUGAUGUCUACAUACCGACUCCCUCUUUGGCCAUGUUUACACGCUCUAAUGGGCUAUAUGGUCUUCAUCCUGACUUUUCUGCCAGAAAUCAGCACAGGACAGAAUUGUUCUCACCCGAUUAUCCCUGAGCAUGGCGGCUUCUAUUGUAAACCUUCUCCCUGUAAGGGCUUUCCUGCAAAGAGCCGUAUCUACUUCUUCUGUGAGUCGGGGUAUGUCCUGCCAAACCGCGUCCACCACUCCACCUGCCGCAAAGGCCGAUGGGACCCCAGUAUUCCCACAUGCAUACCUAGCACAGCUGGACAUGCUAAAUAUGAAGACAAAGUGACUAAUUCUAUCCCGAGUGUGGCUACUACAGCCGUGGGCGUAUCCAUCUUUCUUCUCACAACCACAGCCUGCAUGGUCAUCAAGUCACGGCUUUUCCCUUGUCAGUCUCAAAGCAGGAGAUCGUCUGAUCAGUUGGACCUGAUGGUCAAUGGCCUGCCUGUGUCUCUCCCCACCUAUGAAGAGGCGGUGUACGGAAGUUGGGGUCAGCGGAUCCCGCCCUUACGUGGACCUACGCAGCUCUUGCUAGCCUCGUCAGACAACAGCCCAUUAUCGUCUCUUAUCCAGUCAGGUUCCACUAACUGCACAGACACUUUGAGUCAGAGCACAGAGGCACUGCCACCACCUUAUGAGGAGAUGCAGUCACGUUCUGUGGAUGGAGGAAAUGAUGCAGAAGCACGGGCCUCACACAUUGCACUUUCUGUUGAAAAGGACAACUAACUCUUAGGUGCUUGAGCUCACCUUCAGCUAAUUGAUUGUUAGUUUUCUUGCCAUGCUUCGUGCCUCUUGGUGUAGUUUACUGUCAGAUUCCAACGUUUUUAAUUGAACAAAGUUUUGGGUAUUUUUUUAUUUAAAUAAAACAAUGCAGCUGAGAGGGCGUAGGUAUUUAGCAAGUGAGUGAGAGUUUGUGACGUGCUCAAGAGAAAAUGUUUUCAGUGCUGCUGGAGACAUGCAUAUUAUUACCCUCAGUGAGGGGACUUGACCACAGUGGUCUCAAGGACUGUAAUAACACAGACAUUACCUUAGUGGAUUGUGAUUUUCUGUUGAAGGAUUGCAACUUACUAGGUUGCCCAUGUUGAGUAAAUGAAUGAAUGUGACUCUAGCAGAACUUCCAUUAGUAUGGAUAAUGUAAAGGAAAAGGGCUUGCCUAGGUGCUGAGGGUGGACUAAUGAUUCAUUUCUGCCACGUGAGAAGCUUUUCCCUUGUUGGAUUCCUCAUUCUAUUUGUUCUUUCAUGUUUGCAGUGUCAGUUACCUGUGACUGCUGCUGAAAACCCUUAUUUAACAGCUGGCAUAUAGGGUGUAUAUGAUGCUUUGCAUUGAGGGUCCCCUAGUUAUUCCUUUCUUAAUAUUUACUGCAUUAGUAAACAUUAAGAAGCCUUGAACUUCAAUGUUAGUAAACUGAAAGUAAUGUUAACAAUUGAAUAAAGUAAGUUAACACAAACUCAUUGAUGUUGGUAUAACUGGUAAUGAAAUAUACGCCAAUACAAAAUGUAUAUUUAGUCCAUAACUUUAAGAUUAUUAAAGAACAUAAACUGACGGAAGUUAGAUUACAACAUUUUUCUAAAUGUUGCUAAUUUACUUAACUUUGAUCCAUGUGUAAAUAUUGCAACUUGCUUUUCUGUUAGUUCAUUUUGUUUAUUACGGAUUCAUUUUCACUAAUUUAUAAUUAUACAGCUUACUAUAAAAAAAAGACAGCAAUUAACACAUGUUUAGUUCCAUUGUUAAUGAGUGCAUUAAUGCUAAAGUUCAUGGUUUGUUUACAAUAACUAAAAUAAGGUUAGUUAUGAGGAACUUUAUUGUAUAAUGUUUAAUAUAUGAAUGCUUAUGAAGUCAAACUAUCCACAUAAAGCCAUGCUAUCUGUUCUCUGAUGCUGGUUCACAGAAGAUGGGGUGUAUUUGAAUGUGCACUUUUGCUUUUUUCUUUAUCUACAAACAGUAAUCAAUAAUAUUAUUACAAGUUUUUUUUUUUUUUCGUUUGUGUGUAUAUAUGUAUGUAUAUUUAUACUCUCAUAUAUAGUAUAAAUCUUUUUAAAGGGAAAAUUAUUAAAACUAAUUUUCAGAUUGA